AUGGAGCUACGCAAGAGGCGGGCGUCGACAAGUAUGGACCCCAGGAGGUGGAGGCUACGCGCGAGCGCGUCGGCCGCGCCCUUUGCCUUCAACGGCGACGACAGCAUUGGCCGCUCGUUCUCGCGGCAUGGACUGCGUGUGCGCCUGUGCAGUGACCUGGGUGGAUACUAUGUCAAGUUGGAGCUCUGCAAGUCGGCGCUCUGCGACGGCGACGGCAACAGGGACACAUCGUCGUUGUCACCGUGCUGCGCGCGGUGGCAACGGCUCAGUGCUGGCGCUAGAGUACGAGCGCGGUCGGUGGCCACAGGGCGGUACCGCGGCGCGCGGGAGGUGCUCCAGGCGGCGCAGUGCUCCCCCCGUGAGAACGAGCGGUUUAGCAUCAUGGCCAUCGUCGCGCACCGUCACCGCCCUGGGCUUCUCUAGCCGACCACGCUCCACCUCAAGCAACCCGGGGAGUAGUCUUUGCUGCCACCGCGGCCUUCUCCUCACUGCUCGGUUCAAGGAUGAGAGAGAGAUCGAGGUGGAAGGAGGUAGAAGAGAUGAGGUGAGAAUAUAUGGAUCACUGACAAGUGGGCCUGUUAUUUUUUGCCGCGUUAGAAAUGCCAAGUCAGCUAA